AUGGAGUGGUCUUGUGGGGAUUGUAAUGUGGACAGUGAGGUUCGUCAAUUGUCGUCAACAACGGUGUAUGACGAAAUACCCCCUGAUACAAGUAUCACUAAUUCUCCUAUCCGGGAACUGUCCCAAACAUACACUGUCCGAUCUGAUGGUGACUCAGACGAAGUAGAACCAGAAGAGGAUGGGAUGGAAGAAGUCUCAAAUACCAUAGAUGACCGGUCGUUCGAUAUAUCGAACCGAAAUAUUGAGCGACCACAUGUGUCGCUUGAUCAAUCACUACCCGAUCGACCACUUGAUGAUGUCAUUCCCAACGCGGUACCAACAACGUACGAAGUAGUGGAAAGUGGCAGUAAGCGUGGUGGUCGACUACUCGUGAGCAGUGACGGCUACACAUACAACGCAAGGAAGACACACAGUGGAAGAACGUACUGGACAUGUAGUGUGAGAAAUAAGCAAGUAACAUGCUUCGCUAGUGUAAAACAAUUUGGCGACAUGUAUACAGCCAGUCUAAAUGGACAUACACAUCCCGCAGAUCUAGGGGCAUAUAAAAAAUCUAAGAUCAGAACAAAGGCGAAGCAGAUCGGUCGCAGUGAUGUGUACCGUCCUGCGGCAGAAAUUGUAGAGACGGUCAUGAAAGAAAUGGUGACAGAAGACGAUGUGUGCCUGCCUCGAAUGGACAAUCUUACAAGAGCCGUCAACUUACACCGCCAGAAGAUGCGCCCACAAGAACCAUGUGACUUGAAUUUUGACCUUGACAGGGAAUACAUAGGUCAGAACUUUAUACUCGAUGACAUCCGUUAUGAAGACCAACGACAUAUAGUGUUCGCAACAACGGAACAACUCAGUGUAUUAAAACAAUCAAGAAAGUGGUUUGUAGAUGGGACGUUCAAACUGGUAAAACGUCCCUUCUACCAACUAGUGACUAUUCAUGCCUUCGUAAGAAAAGGCGAAGAUACCAAACAGGUACCACUGGUAUAUAUUCUUAUGUCACGAAGAACCAAGCAAGACUACAUUCAAGUCCUAUCCAGCAUUCACCGCCACCUGGACAACCCUCUUGUUGAGUGGUUCAUGGUCGAUUUCGAAGCUGCAGCCUGGCAGGCGAUCAGAGACGUGUUCCCCGGUUGUGUAAUAAAAGGCUGUGUCUUUCACUGGGUACAGCGAAUCUAUAGGAAAGUAAUGAACGAGGGGUUGACGACCGCAUACACCAACAAAGGCGACAAGUAUCUGUUCUUACGGAAGGUAAUGGCACUCCCAUACCUACCAGCUGAACACAUAGCAUCAGCCUUCUACCAACUGCACCAACAGGCAACUGAAGUCGGGGGUCCGGUGUUAAAAGUAAUGGACUACGUGGAGAAAACGUGGAUCCACGGAUCAGUGUGGAAACCAGAAAAUUGGAGUGCGUUCCGUGAAGUUAUAAGAACUAACAAUGACGUGGAGGGGUGGCAUCGUCGCAUAAACACUAGGGCUGGUAAAGCUGAUCUAAGCUUCUACGUACUUGUGCCACUCCUUCGCAGCGAAGCAGAAACUGUUGAUCUGCAAAUCCGUCUGGUAUCUGAAAAUCUGCUAACAAGAAUACACAGAAAGCAAAAUGUGAACACCCACGGCAGACUGUUCGAAGCAUGGGACCAAUACGAAGACGACGAGAUGACCACGACACAGCUACUGAGAACAUGCAGCCACAUCGCAGGACUUGGACCCGACACAACAACUGAUGCCAUCCACGACGAAGAUUGUUAAACCUUUAUGUACCAUAUAUGUAAUAUAUAGAGAUCAAUAAUAUAUGUUUUAAUAUGAAGGUGUAUUAAUAAUGAAAUGUAUUUUGUGACAUAUUAUUUAUGAAUUUAGACUAAUAUAUUGCCAGAGAUUAUAUUUUAUGUGUGACAUGUACUAUGUACAAUUUUGUGAAUGAUAAAUGUGUUUGGC